AGCCAAUCACCAUCAGCCACGAGACCCUGUGUGGUUUUAAACAAGGCCGCUCCAAAUGCGUGGCUCUUCGUGAUUUUAGCCGUCGAGUCUAAGCUAAUAUAUUUCUUCGAAGCCUAACUACGUAGUAACUUAUUUCACGAGGUCACCAUGGCGAUAGCACUCCUUGCCGUGCUGCCAGCCCUCUGUUCUGUGGCCCUGGGUAUGUAUGGGCCCCACACGGAGGUUGUGGAUCUUUCCCCGGCAAACUUCAAGAACAGGGUCAUAGACAGUGACGAGAUCUGGGUUGUGGAGUUUUACGCUCCCUGGUGUGGCCACUGCCAGUCUUUCGCUUCGGAAUAUGCCAAGGCAGCCUCUGCACUUAAGGGUGUGGUCAAGGUUGGAGCUGUGGACGCCGACAAGGACAAGUCUCUCGGAGGCCAGUACGGGGUUCGGGGAUUCCCCACGGUCAAAAUAUUCGGUGCUAACAAGCACAGCCCGACCGACUACAGUGGGCCACGCACGGCUGAUGGCGUUGCGUCAGCUGCCCUACAAGAAGCUCGCAAGCUUGUUGACCAGAAGCUCGGAAAGCGAACCUCUGGUGACAGCGGCAGCGGAAAGAGUGAUGUGGUUGAGCUGACUGACAGCAACUUUGAGGAGCUGGUGCUGAAUAGCGAUGACCUGUGGCUGGUGGAGUUCUUUGCCCCCUGGUGCGGCCACUGCAAGAACCUUGCGCCGCACUGGGCCAAGGCAGCCACCGAGCUCAAAGGCAAGGUUAAGCUGGGUGCGGUCGAUGCCACCGUGUACCAGGGCCUUGCUUCCCAGUACGACGUGAAGGGUUACCCGACAAUCAAGUUUUUCCCAGCUGGCAAGAAGGAUCGCCACUCUGCAGAAGAGUACAAUGGUGGCCGCACAGCUGAUGACAUUGUCCAGUGGGCCUCGGACAAGGCUGCCGAAAGUGCGCCACCACCAGAGCUGCUCCAGGUCACAAAGGAGUCUGUGCUGAAGGAAGCAUGCCAAGACAGCCAGUUGUGUGUGGUGAGUGUUCUGCCACACAUCUACGACUGCCAAUCCGAAUGUCGCCAGAGCUACCUGGAUAUCCUCAAGCGCCUGGGGGAAAAGUACAAGCGCAACCGCUGGGGAUGGCUUUGGUCCGAAGCCCUGGCUCAGCCCAAGCUCGAGGAGGCACUGGAGAUUGGUGGCUUCGGCUACCCGGCAUUGGCUGUGCUCAAUAGUCGCAAGAUGAAGUACUCACUUCUUCGUGGUUCCUUCAGCUACGAUGGCAUCAACGAAUUCCUUCGCGAGGUUGCUGUGGGACGAGGAUCUAGUGUGCCUGUAAAGGGUGCCAAGCUUCCAGAGGUGGUCGAAGUCGAGCCUUGGGAUGGCAAGGAUGCGAAGAUGGAAGAGCCUGAAGACAUUGACCUCAGCGAUGUUGAGCUAGAGCCUGAAGACCAGGUCAAGAAGCACGUUGAACUAUAGGAAAGACUGUUGGCGAAACCACUUCAUUAUUUUGUGGGUGUUCAUCAUUUUUACUUGUAACACAUGCAGGAAAGGGGGGGGGGGGAAACGGGACACAUGGCUGUGCCAUCUUGCCGAACCUGUGUACAUACUGGUCAUUGUGUAAAUUAUUCUCUCCUCUUUUGGGACUGUUCUUUAGAACCUUGUUGUAAUGCUAGACAUGCCUGAGUCAAUAAACCGUGGGCAUUUUUUUGCA